ACAAAGCUGUGGUAGAGGAAAGGUCGUAGUAGAAAUUAUCACCUCCCAUGAUAAGACCGAUAGGCUAGUCAUUGUGCCUUGUUAAGCGAUAAACCGGGAAUCCAAUGUUUCCCAAGCAAAGUGCAAUGGAUUCUGCUCGUCGUACCCAGGGCGAUGGUAUGGAGAAUGAAGACUUUGCUGCACCGAUCAGUGCAAAGCGAACAUCAACGACGUCAACUACCUCCUCGUCGGUAGUAUCGGCGGAUAUUAAAUUGCCGGUUAACUUUUCCAUCGAAAGACUACUGCCUCACUCCGGAGCCAACCCAGUGUACCGUCCGACGGAGCUCGUCACCGGUGGCAAUACGUCGCUCGCGGCUGUUGUACCUCGCGGUAAGGUGUUCAAUCUGGUCCCUCGGCUAGUGUCGACAGGCACACGCAGCAAGCUGUCCACGAUGCACAACAAAGAACCAAAGUUUGUCCCGUUCGAACCGUACAAGGGUGCCGUAACGCCAAUCAUUCCUGGACGAAACAGUAUUCCCGGAGGUGGCAGCCGUGUGAAGCUUAGCAAUCGCAAUAACCUCGACCUGAGUGUGCUUGUGUCGCAAAUGUCCACCAUCACCGAUAUGGAACUGCGAAGCAAGUCUGUACCAUCGACCGCGGACGAGGAAAAGCUGCGGUACGGGAAGGAACUCGAGGAGCUGCGCAAAGAGCGCGAUUACUUCCAGGGACAGCUAAAGUUUCAGGCGCAGGUGAAUGCGGAGCUUAAAAAUCUCCUAGUCGCUGCCGUCGGCGAGGACCUGCAGACGAAGGUUAACGUGCUGACCGAAGACAAACUGCAUCUCGCGCGCAAGCUGUUGAACUCGGCCGAAAAUCUCUCGUCGCACACGGAACAGAUUGAGUUUUUGGCCGGCCAGAGUGAGGUGUGGCGCAGUAAGUUUCUCGCCAGUAGUUUGAUGGUGGAAGAGUUGGCCCGCUGGAAGACGAGUCUGCUGCAGCGGAACGGUUUACUGCUGACGUCCAACAAGGAACAACUCGAAGUUAUUUCGAAAACGCGUGAAAUGACGGUCGACGUGCUGAAGCAACUACGUUUUUUGGCCAACUUGAAGGAUCCACUACAGCUUCAGUCGGCCACUGUGCUCGAUUUGGCCGCGGAGUGUGUUAACAUAUCGCAGCUAUUGGCGCUGCAGCAUUCGGCCCUCGGUAUGCCGGAUAAUUUGAUCGGCUUGACGGAGUUGGAGAGUAUGACGGAGGCGGAAAAGUUAGCGGUUCAAGCGUUGCAGCACUCAAAUCAAUCUCUCGUCCCGACGGACGAUGCAUUUCGGGCUAUCGUUGGCCAAGCGUUUCCGUCCAUACACUCCAUUAGGCAGCAACAGUACCAUGCGGACAUGUCACCGAUGUCGACGGGUUCCGAUUUUGAACUUAUAGCAAAACCGGACAGUGAAGCGAUGAACGAAUCGUCGAAUUGAUAGAUUUAAUUUGUGAACGCACUUCACCUAAGUUUGUUUGUGUUAUUUUAAAUUUUCAAUGUUUUACCCCUAUUAUCAGCUGGACAACUUUAUUCGUGGAAUUAAGUAUUCAGCAAUAAAAUUCAAACGGGUCCAUCAGAUAAUUUUCUUUAACUUGGAACGGGCUGGAAAGAGAUUCCUUCGGUACAUCCAAUUCGCGUCGGGGUGCAGGCCAACGCCGUUCAGCGACCGCCGCUGGCGUUUUUCUCGACGAAGGUAAUUCCCUCGGUGAUCUUGACGUCUCCAUCGACGGCAUCAACCAGGCGCAAGGCACGUUCCUAUUCGGUGUCAGUAAGCGUUAGUGCAACAAGAAAUGAAACAAAAAAAUUAUCCCUCCAGGAAGGGUUCCGGAUCUUCCAGAGAAAUUAAUCAAUAUCAAUUGAUCACACACGAUCCCUGUUUGCAUAACCGCUUCAUAAGUGGCAAUAAAUUCUGGACGUGUUGCACCAACAUGGCGCGUUCAACGAUCUAAACGGAAUGAUAAAGUC